CGAUGAUUAUAUUGCCUAAUGAAAAAAACCUAAUUGAUCAAAAUUUUAUUGAAUACUUUUUAUUGGUCGAUCAUGGCAUUCCAAUGCUGCGAAUCAGUUUGUCCGAUAUAAAUUCAAAAGCAAAACUAGAAGACAACUUUUUAUUCAUCAAUGAUUAUGAAAUUUCUGUGGCUUACUUUCGUUCCGGCUACAAUCCUGAACACUACCCUACCGAACUUGAGUGGAACGCACGUAGAAUUAUAGAGAAGUCUCAAGCAAUUUCCUGUCCCUCCGUAGCCUAUCAACUUUCGGGAACCAAGAAAGUUCAGCAGAUGUUGUCUUCUAGAGAAACUUUAUCAAAAUUCAUAAAAGAUGAAUCAAAAAAAGAAGCGCUCAUGGAAAUUUUUAUGACUAUGUAUCCUGCCAAUGAGAGUGCAGUAAAAGAAGCUUUAUGCAAUCCUAGCAAAUUUGUUAUGAAACCCCAACGGGAGGGCGGAGGCAACAAUUUUUAUGAUGAAAAUUUGGUAAAAAUUUUAAAAAACGCCACAGAAGAACAGAAAAAAGAAUAUAUAUUAAUGGAAAAAAUAAAUUCAAAGCCUCGGGCUGGUCACGUGGUCAGAAAUGGUCAGCUUUCGAGCUCUCGAUUAGUAUCAGAGCUUGGGAUUUUUGGCUCGAUUUUUGUCAAUGAGAAAGGAGACGUUCUUUAUAAUAAAGCGUUUGGGCAUCUUCUUCGCUCCAAAUGUUACAGUGAAAAUGAUGGAGGAAUCGCUGCCGGAGUGGCCAUCAGGGUCCAGAAUCCUACGUCAAGCGGUAUACCACGCGAACAUGAAGAUACUCUGUGCUACGCAAGGUGCCAAUCGGAGUCGAACGACAAAGGAAAAAGACUUAACGGGCGUGUUAAUUCUCACACUAAUAUGAAAGCCCCUAUGGUACAGGUAAGGCGUGCCUAUAUAUACGCCAUCGCCUGCGUCCCUAUUCCUUACGGCUACCCGUGGGUGGAAAAGUCCUGCUGCUUAGGAGGGACAAGUACUUUGGCGAGCCAUCAAACCACUGGAUUUACAGAGUCACUAAGUGAAGAUAGAUUAAACUUACAUCAGUACGGACCUAAGUCGGUCACUAAAGCAUCUAGAACCGAUGCAAACAGCAGUCCUGUUUUAAGGCCCAGCGAAGUUAUAGAAGAACAAUACAAGAGUUUGGACGUGGUGAAAUUAAAUGGGAAACCAAAGUGCCCCGAUGAAGAGCCAAUGGAAUAUAUAGAAUUAACAAAACCAUAA